UAGGGGAGGUGUACUAUGGGUCUAUUACUUCCUUUUUAUGCAACCUUGUGUUUUUGUUUAAUUGCAGGGAAGAUUGUGCGUGCUCCUUCUGGUGUCAUGCAUGGAAAGAGUUCUCUCGUACAUUAUGAUGAGAAGGGGGAAGAAAGCUUGUUCAUUGGGUUAUCAAACCCAUUCACUGCUGGUAGAUAUCACAGCCUUGUGAUUGAGAAGGAAAGUUUUCCUGAUGAUGAACUUGAGAUUACCGCUUGGACAGAGGAUGGACUGAUAAUGGCUGCUCGUCACAAGAAAUAUAAGCAUCUACAGGGGGUUCAGUUCCAUCCAGAAAGCAUUAUAAGCACCCAAGGCAAGAUAAUUGUCCGCAAUUUUGUGAAACUGAUAGAAAAAAAGGAAGCUGAAUCUAAGAAUUGAGGGUGUUGGAUGUCACAGACAAAGAGUACUUGAGCCAUGUAAUAUAUCAUCAUAUGCAAUAAGACUAAAAAGUGCAGUUUCUGUACUUUAUUUUCUUUCUUCUUCUUAUAAUUUGAAGCCAUUGUAAGUCCAAGUGUGUCUUGCUUUGAAACUUUUGGAUGACCAUUUCACAAAAUGGCCCAAUAAUUUAGAGUUAAAAGGUGCAAUUUGUCCAGGAAAUAUGUAUUUCCUAUUUUUCUUCUUUUCUUUGCUUUCUAUGCAUCUAUAAAUUAGAAUC